AUGAAGAAAAGCACUUUCAUUCAUCAAGGGGCAGAAGACAGAGGAAGAACAGAUUUGCGAGGGGGAAAAAAGCAGCCAAAAAUUAAGAGCUUUCUUAGCAUUCAACCUUCCUUACAUUUCCUGGUCAUGGUGCGCUCUUUGAACAUGCUGCUCUGGAUUAUGCUGGCUAGUGUUUGGGGCUUUCCCAUUCAUGUUGCAGACAACAUCUGCAGCGUAGGUGCCAAUAAUCUGUCUGAGAGAUGCAUAAAGAAGCAGGAAAAUGUGUUCACAGAACCUCAUGCAAGCCAAGGAACUCAGAAGGACAAAGCUGCACACUAA